CUUUGUAUGCCGUGAGCGUCGGGAAUUGUCUUGGAAGUGUAUUUCGUCGUGCAGAUUUUUCGUUAUUCUACCGUAAAACUCCCCGUAAAACGAACAACUUGGUGCAAUUUACAUCGGCGGCUUACCGAAGGACAGCACUGAAACAUGAAUCGUCGCCGCGCUUAUGAGGAUGACGGCGAUUUCUACGGUGAGCGAAAUCGCAAACGUCGCCGGAUGUCCGAGAACCAGGAUGUGGAAGAACGUUUGGAAGCGCUGAUUCUGCGAGUUGGCGAAAACAGUUCGUCCUCGCUGGAAUCUAAUCUGGAAGGUUUGGUAUCGGUGUUGGAGUCCGAUUUGGGCAAUUUUCGAAGUAAAAUCUUGAGAUUUCUGUCCGAGUGUCCUAUAAAGAUGCCCGAGAAAUGUACGAUUUAUUCCACGAUAGUUGGAUUGAUGAACGCCAAGAACUACAACUUUGGUGGGGAACUUGUGGACCAUAUGGUGAAGACUUUCAAGGAAAGUUUGAAGCAAUGCAAGUGGGACACGGCAAGAUAUGCGCUGCGAUUUUUGGCGGAUUUGGUGAAUUGCCAUGUCAUAUCGACAAAUUCUCUACUGCAGUUGCUGGACAAUAUGGUUGAUGCGGCAAAUGAGGAUUCCGUGCCGCAGGUGCGCCGUGAUUGGUACGUUUUCGCGGUUCUAUCGACGCUGCCGUGGGUCGGUCGUGAGUUGUAUGAGAAGAAAGAAUCGGCAUUGGAGAAUUUGUUGGUUCGAAUCGAAGUGUUUCUCAAUAAGCGAACGAAGAAGCACCACAACGCGUUGAGAGUUUGGUCAGUGGAUGCACCCCAUCCGCAGGAGGAAUACUUGGAUUGUCUGUGGGCGCAGAUUCGUAAGCUUCGCCAGGACAACUGGACCGAGAAGCAUAUUCCUAGACCGUAUUUGGCGUUCGAUUCCGUGCUUUGUGAAGCGCUUCAGCAUAAUUUGCCUUUGAUUCAUCCACCUCCCCAUCAGGAGAGCUUUGAGUAUCCCAUGCCGUGGGUUGUCUAUCGAAUGUUUGAUUACACGGAUUGCCCCGCCGGUCCGAUUCUGCCCGGAGCGCAUUCGAUUGAACGUUUCCUGAUAGAGGAACAUCUUCAUUCAAUCGUCGAAGUUCACCACUGGGAGCGCAAGGAUUGUGCCGCUCACCUGUUGAAUCUAUCCUACAAGGAUAAGAUCCCUCUCGAGUACUGCAUUGUUGAAGUGAUCUUCGCAGAGUUGUUCCACAUGCCGACUCCACGCUAUUUGGAAAUCUGCUACGGAUCGAUUCUGAUCGAGUUGUGUAAGUUGCAGCCCUCGAAAAUGCCCCAGGUGUUGGCGCAGGCUACGGAAAUUCUUUUUAUGAGAAUCGAUUCUAUGAAUACCAGCUGCUUCGAUCGGUUCGCCAACUGGUUCUCGUAUCAUUUGAGCAACUUCCAGUUCCGCUGGAGCUGGGACGAUUGGGACAGCUGCCUGCUGCUGGAGAUGGAGCAUCCGAGGCCGAAGUUCAUCCAGGAGGUGCUGCUGAAGUGUUUGAGGUUUUCGUAUCACGAUCGGUUCAAAGAUAUGAUGCCGGAAACGUAUUCAAAGCUGAUCCCGAGGGCACCGUUGCCCUCAUACAAAUAUACGAUGGAAGGAGCCGCCUCGCUCCCGGGAACGGCAACGGCCCACAAACUGGUGGUUGCCAUCCGCCAGAAGUGCACCCCGGAGGACGUGCUGAACGAACUGAAGGAUUUGCCCAAUCCACGGGAGACUUCCGAGAACGAUAUGGUCGAAUCGACCUUCAAUCCGCUCAAGAUCGAUGUUUUUGUGCAGACGCUAUUGAAUCUGGGCUCCAAGAGUUUUUCCCACACAUUCGCGGCGAUCUCCAAGUUCCACAUGGUGUUCAAGUCACUGGCCGAGACAGAGGAAGCACAGAUCUGCAUUCUGCACAACGUGUUCGAGUUGUGGUCUUCGCAUCAGCAGAUGAUGGUGGUGAUCAUUGACAAGCUGCUAAAGACGCAAAUCGUCGAAUGUUCGGCCGUGGCAACUUGGGUCUUCUCGAAGGAAAUGGUUGGCGAGUUCACCAAAAUGUACUUGUGGGAGAUUCUGCACCUGACGAUUAAGAAGAUGAAUCAACACGUCACAAAAUUAAGCAAAGAACUGAGCGACGCCAAGGAGAGAUUGGACCGUAAUGCCGAGUCAUCUUCGAGCGACUCGGAAGAGGAAGCGACGGCAAGUGGUGGUGCCCCGGCACCGCCUCGUCGCCGAAAGAAGCCCAACAACGAUGACGCGGAGAAACCAACGGAGGAACAAGUGGAGCGAAUGGAGGAGAAAUUGGAGGCGGCUUUCGUCGAUCAGAAGCGAUUGUUUUUGAUUAUUUUCCAGCGAUUCAUUAUGAUCCUGUCGGAGCAUCUGGUGAAGUGUGACACCGACGGGCGGGACUAUGAUACGGACUGGUACCGUUGGACAGUCGGGCGGUUGCAACAGGUGUUCAUGCUGCACCAUGAACAAGUGCAGAAGUACAGCAGCACACUGGAGAGCCUUCUGUUUACAUCCGACAUCGAUCCACAUAUAUUGGAUGUGUUCCAUCAGUUUACUGCUCUUAGGUCGUAAGAAAGGAUAACCGUUUAUUUUUUUAUAUCAAACUUAACUUUCAUUGAUAAAGUACAGGUAAGUCGCAACUGAUUACGAUUACAUCGCACCCAUGCAGCGGUUCUAUUCUAUCUAACGAAUGCUAUUCAAAUACAAACAAUAAUUGCAUUGUAUGAACUAUUAUGUACUGUAAUCAUGUUGGCAAUAUACGCUACACACUUUAGAUAAACACAAAUGCGUUAAA